AUGGCCGAAGUGGAGACUGCGGUUGCGGCUGCGCUUCUCCGCGCACAGUACGCGGUGGAACAGGACUUGGAGGGCAACCCCAACAUGGCGGCCGAGUUCUACCUGGCGGCGUCGAACCUGCUGCACGACGCGGCGUCAUCGGCGUCGGUGCCUGCGGAGGAAAAGUCGGCGAUUCGCGACGUGGCAAAGCGAUACGACACCAGGCUGGGCAAGAUGGAGCUCGAGCGGCCGCAGGCCAAGGAGAUCACCUUUUCCGAGCGGGCCAUCGUGACCAUUAACGCCCCGCUGCCGCCGCCCAAUGAGAUGAUGCGUCGCUCGUAUUGGCUGAUGCGGGUGUGGGCCAAGACAAUGGUCUCGGGCGGUUACGUCACGCCACAGCUGUACAUUCCGCGGCGGAUGUGGUACCAGACCGAGGUGAAGCUCUCGGCCAUUCCGCAAAAGAUCGACUGUUGCUCACAGGUUCUCGACCAGCUGCUCAAGCUUCCGCAGGAGGACCGCACCAACCACCCGCAGUUUGUCCUCACGCUCGGCAACUUGUGCAAGCAGCUCGACGAAAUCCAGCGGUCGCUCGACAAGCAUCUUCACUGCGUGGUGGGCAUCAAGGAGGACAAGGCCGCCGUCCAGGAGAUCCGGACCAAGAAGCAGCGGUUUGCGUCCAAGAUGAAACGGCUGGGAUCGACCAUCUCCAAGGGCGCGACGAGGCUGACGAACAAGGCCUCGGUCGAGGACAACACUGCGUACGUCGAGCUCCUGCUGGAGGUCUUCCAGCGUGCGCAGUUCCUGGACGAGUGGCUCGAUCUCUACGCCGCCGACGCCGAGGUCGCCUCCCUCCUCGACCGCAUCUCGCGCUUCUUCUACGAGGUUGUCUGCACCUUUGUCCUCGAGGACUUUAACGUUCUUCUCGAGCGCUACAUGCGGCUCAACCGCAAGACCUUCCUUCCGUAG